GUUUUGUUUUCUACCCCGUUGAGGAUUAGCUGAUAAAGAGUGUCGGAGCCUUAUAAAGGACACCAGCUGAUCCCUGGCUCCCAUUUUGAAGCAGUAACUGGACACCUGCCUGUUCCCAGUGAAGAAGAGUCUCGUCUUCACAACUUCAGCCGACACAGAUCCUUCCGUUUCUGUGUGGAAACACCUGACGACACCUGCUUCUCCUGCCACAACAGAGGAUUUAAAAAAAGAAUAAUAAUUAAAAAAAACAUUUUUAGAGGAGCACCAUGACAAACAUCAGGAUGAGCAGAGAGUGAGCGCCGCAUGACUCACCUGCACACAGGAGGCCUCUUCACCUCUGCAGACAUGGUGCGUUCACUCACGCUAUGUUUGGCAUUUCUCCUUCACUUUGGUCAUGCAACGAUUUACACCAACGACUGGGCAAUAAGGAUGAGAGGCGACCUCGAGUCUGUGAACGCCAUGGCAGAGAGAUAUGGAUUCAUCAAUAUGGGUCAGAUUGGCAACCUGAAGACGUAUUACAGUUUUCGCCACCGCGAGACAGCCAAUCGGUCCACUGUGUCCAACAAAGAGGUGACUGCAAGCGUUGCCAGGGAGACUAAGGUGGAAUGGCUCCAGCAGCAGGUAGUGCAGAAAAGAGCAAAGCGGAACUCCGUCUUGGCAGACAUGAAAAUCAAAGGUCUUCCUGCUGCCCAUGCUCAGUCCAUCAGCAGCCACUCUCUGCACUUCAAUGACCCAGUGUGGAGCAGCCUGUGGUACAUACACUGCAGUGAUGAGUCCAAGGGCUGCCUGUCUCACAUGAACAUCGCCGCGGCCUGGGACAGAGGGUACACGGGGAAGGGUGUGGUGGUGUCCGUCCUAGACGAUGGCAUUGAGAGAGAGCAUCCAGAGCUGAAGCCAAAUUACGAUCCUCUUGCCAGCUAUGAUGUGAACGGACAAGACCGAGAUCCGUCGCCACAUUAUUCACGCACUGCUGAUAACUACCAUGGGACUCAGUGUGCGGGGAUAGUUGUUGCCGCUUCAAAUAACUCUCAGUGCACGGUGGGAGUCUCUUUCCAUGCACGGAUAGGCGGUGUCCGUAUGCUGGAUGGAGACGUGACAGACAUCACCGAGGCCCAGUCACUGAGCUUCAAACCGGAGUAUAUUCAUAUAUACUUAGCUAGCUGGGGUCCAGUAGAUGAUGGCGUCACAUUAGAGGGACCCGGGCCUCUGGCUCAAAUUGCUUUACAGAACGGCAUUAAAUCAGGCCGACAUGGAAGGGGCUCUGUUUUUGUCUGGGCCUCAGGGAACGGAGGGCGAAAAGGUGACCACUGCUCCUGUGACGGCUACAGCAACAGCAUCUACACCAUCUCCAUCAGCAGCAGCACUUGGCGUGGACGGCCGCCAGGUCACCUGGAGCAGUGCACCUCCAUACUGGCCACGGCUUACACUGGCGGAGAAGGCGAGGGGAUGGUAACGCUUGGUCCACGGCAGAGCUGUAGCUGGGCCCCACAAGGGACGUCAUUUUCCUCCUCCAUGGCUGCAGGUGUCAUCGCUCUCACUCUGGAAGCCAACCCCCUGCUAACCUGGAGGGAUGUGCAGCACAUUAUUGUGAGAACAUCCAAAGCUUAUCAUCUUGUUGCUCCCGACUGGCACGUGAAUGGCGCCGGAUUCACAGUGAGCCACUUGUAUGGCUUUGGUCUGCUGGACGCUGAGAGCAUGGUGAGGGAGGCCGAGCGAUGGAAACAAGUUCCUCCACAGCACGAGUGUGUGAAGGAGGCUCCCGUCCAACAGAGCAGAUCUAUUCAUCCGGGCUCAGUGCUGACGUCUGUUUAUGGGACGACAGGCUGCUCGGCCAAACCCCAGCAGCGUGUUGUUUAUGUGGAGCAUGUUGUCGUGCGUGUUACCAUCACUCACAGUCGCCGUGGCGACCUUUCUAUUACACUCACGUCACCUUCAGGCACUGUGUCCCAGCUGCUUGCUAACAGGCCCCUCGACGACUCCACAGAGGGAUUUCAGAACUGGGAGCUGAUGACGACCCAUUGCUGGGGGGAGCGGUCAGCGGGGGAGUGGGUUCUGAAAAUCAAGGACACUCCCUCUCAGCAAAGAGACAACGCUGAACUAGGGAGGCUAAAGGAGUGGUCCUUGGUGAUUUAUGGCACCGCAGAGCAGCCGUACUCUGUGCAUCGUCAGCGAGCCCGAUCAGCUGAGAAGCUGUCGAAAAGUGACCUCACUGAAGAAUACAGUGGACCCUGCGACCCAGAAUGCAGUGACGAUGGUUGUGAGGGGCCCGGCCCGCAGCAGUGUGUCACGUGCUCACACUUUUUUCUCAAGUUCAAGAACAGCACAAGAGUAUGCGUACCGGAGUGUCCCAGGGGAUUCUGGGGCGACCGCCGGCGCUGUAAGAGGUGCUACUCGUCUUGCGAGAGCUGCACUGGCAGCCGCAGCGAUCAGUGCACUUCCUGUCAACCUGGCCACCACAUGACUGAGGAGGCCAACACCUGCACAGCCCUCUGUGGAGAUAACUACUACCUUGACCAUGAUGCAAACAUGUGCAGGAAGUGCAGUGAAAAGUGCCUGAAGUGUUCCUCCUACAGCAUCUGCACAGAAUGCAGCCCAGACACAAGUCUGCAGGGUAAUCGGUGCCAGCAGAGCUGCGCGGCUGGAUUCUACCAUGACAAGCUGGAAGGUGCCUGCAAGCCCUGUCAUAAGGCCUGCGCUACCUGUGCAGGUGCAGGUGCUGAGUCUUGCAGCGAUUGUGCUGAAGGCUACUUACUGGAGGAGUGGAGGUGUGUGUCCUCCUGCAGUGCUAGCUUCUACGCCACAGAGCCAAACCCAGAUAUAGCUGAUGGGCACAGGAUAUGUAGGAGGUGUGAUGCCAGCUGUCUGACCUGUGUGGGGCCGAGCCACAGGAACUGCAGCAGUUGCUCCAGUGGUCACAGCCUGCAGGAAGGAGUGUGUGUUGUUAACACUGUGUGCACAGAUGGAGAGUACCAGGACACUGACGGGAAGUGCCAUGCGUGUGAUGCAACAUGUCUGAAGUGCACAGGGCCACAGCGCGAGGACUGCAUCAGCUGCGUGUCUUCGUGGGUCAUGGAUGAGGGCGUGUGCAUGGAGGCGUGCCCCAAGGGCAAGUUCCAGUCAGGCAGCCGUUGUCACCUGUGUGACCACACCUGUGCCACCUGUGUGGAUGCAGGGCUGACCAGCUGCACCAGCUGUGACAUGGAUAAGUUUGGGAUAGAGCGUUACCUCUACAAAGGUCACUGUCUGGACGUCUGUCCUGAGACUUUCUAUCACACCAAGGACAGGAGAUGUGAGUCCUGCUCGGACCACUGCAGGCUCUGCACGAGCCCGAACCGCUGCCUCAAGUGUAACUCCUCCUACUACGUCUCUGAUGGGGCAUGUGUGAAGCUGGAGUGCGGAGAAGGGGAGGUGGAGGAUCCAGAUUACGACGACUGCAUGGCGUGUGAGGAGGGCUGCAGCAAGUGUGUGCUGUAUAACCCCAGGCAUUGUCUGUCCUGCACUGAGGGCUUUUACAAUUUCAAGGAUGGCUGCUACAGAAACUGCCCGGCUAAGACGUACGGCGUGGAGGAGGAGAUGACCUGCGUCCCGUGUGAUGACAACUGUGUGAGCUGUGACGAACACGAGUGCUACUGGUGUGAGACCGACCUCUUCUUAUCAGAGGGGAAGUGUGUCUCAGAUUGUCCCGAUGGUUUCUACGGCGACGAAGACACCUACGACUGUGAGGAGUGCCACUCAGACUGUGAGACGUGCGCAGGCCCAGAGGCCACUGAGUGUCUGUCCUGUGAAGAUGGCCUGACACUGGAAAACGGAUUGUGUGUGUCUGACCAUGAGGUCUGUCCCAUUAAGACCUUUCGCAGCGAUGAUGGAGAGUGCGAGGACUGUCACCCGGCCUGUGAGUCCUGCUCUGGGGAGGAGAAGAACCAGUGCACGGAAUGUGCAAAAGGGCAGUUUCUGACCACACAGCAAACAUGUGUGUCCAAGUGUCCAGCAGCUUUCUUUGCCAAUCGGCGGAUCGGUGCAUGUGAGGCCUGCUCCCCGGGCUGCGUGCAGUGUGUGGACACUCAGCACUGCAGCCGCUGUCAGAACUCUCGCAAAGCUCAGCUGUUCCUGCAGGACGGGCAGUGUGUCCAGCAGUGUGUCAGGGGUUUUCCUGCAGGCCAGGUGUGUCGUAGCUGUGCAGCGGGCUGUGUGUCCUGUGGGAGAAACGCCACUCACUGUCUCAGCUGUGAAGAACCCCUCAUCCUGCACAUGCACCAGUGUGUGCAGGACUGUCCUCCAGCCCACGCUGUCCGAGACGGGGAGUGCCAACGUUGUCCCUCAGCCUGUCAGGAGUGUGACCCACUUGGACAGUGCACAGAAUGUGAGGAGUAUCACUUCCUCCACGAGGGCCUGUGCGUGGCAGACUGUCCCGAGAGCUUCUACGAGGACAGAGACCGGGCAGAGUGUUUGCCUUGCCACCCUGACUGUGCCUUGUGUGACGGGCCAAGCGGCAAUGACUGUGACGCCUGCGCAGAGUCUGAGAACACCCUGCACGACGGGGCAUGUCUGCCAGCCUGCUCCUCUCACACCUACAGAGACUCAGUGACAGGAGAAUGCAAAGCCUGUGAUGAAUCUUGCCUGACCUGCGUCGGGCCCCACGCUGGCUCCUGCACCAGCUGCAGAGCGGGUCAAAGGCUGGAGGACCGUGGCCACUGUGUGCCGUCUUCCAACAAGUGCUUACCCCAACAGUAUGCAGAGCGGGAUGGUGAAUGCCACCCAUGUCACAAAUACUGCCACAGGUGCUCAGGUCCCAGUAAAACCCAGUGCCUGAGCUGCAACCUGAGACAUCUGCUGCUGAAUUCCACCUGUGUGGAUAAAUGCCCAGCAGGCUACUAUGAGGACGAGACAGGGCAGAAGUGCGAGCCUUGCCACCCUUCCUGUUACACCUGUGUGGGGAAGCACAGCCACGAGUGUCUCACUUGCAAAGCCCACCUGUUUCGAGAGGGCAAAGAGUGUGUGGAGACCUGCCGGCAGAGUCACUAUGGAAACGUGGGCUCGGGGAUGUGUGAGAAGUGUGACCCGAGUUGUGGUGAGUGCGUUGGGGGCAGGGACGACAGCUGCCUGAGCUGUGCCGUGGGACUCGUGUACAUGCGCAAGGAAGGCCGCUGCCUCCCCUCGUGCCCUCAGGGAUUCUACCACGACGCCACGCACAAAUCCUGCGAGCCCUGCCACGCCAGCUGCAGGACAUGCUCAGGAAAAGAUUCCCAUUCCUGUGACUCGUGCUACACUGGAUACCUGCUCUCAGAGGGAACGUGUGAGUCCAUGUGUGAUAUCGGCCAGUAUCCCGUUGUGAAGGGUUCACUUCAUGCUUGUGAGGACUGUGAUCACUCGUGUCUGGAGUGUCGUGGGCCCGGUGCAGCCGACUGCACCAUGUGUCCUGCUCAGGCCAUUUUAGAAGCCGGAGGACGCUGUCUGCUUUGCUGCCGCCAUGAGGAAGACGAGGAGGAGGCCACGACGCAGCAGCAGCAGGACUGUUGUAACUGCACGGAGACUCGAGGCGAGUGUGUCCUCAGAACCAACUUGGCGUUCACUGACGAUGAGGACUGGGAGGCCAGAGGCAGCCUGACCAUCUUCGUCAUCACCUGCAUCCUGCUGGUGGUGGGACUGGUGGCUGUUGUCUUCCUCGUCAAACACUCCCGCUCCAAACACGCACCCCCCGACAUGCCCCCCCGUGGCUAUGAGAAGCUGGGCUCGGGCGGGGGAUUCGGCGGCGGCGGCGGCGGCGGCGGCGGCGGCGGCGGCAACAGACAUGGAGGCUACAGCUCUGCGUCUAACAGCAGCAGAGCCGGCUCCUCUGGUGGUCGUUUCCAGGACGCUCAGUUAGUGGACAUGAGUGGGCAUCGCUCACGGAGAAAGGAGGACGACGAUGACGACGACGAUGACGACGAGGACAUUGUCUACAUGGGUCAGGAUGGCACCGUGUACAGGAAGUUCCGGUACGGUCAACUCGAAGACAAUGAGGACGAGCUGGAGUACGAUGAUGAGAGCUACACGUUCCGGUGAAGACGCAGAAGUUCUCUGUGAAGAAAUGUUUCUCAUUUAUUUUCUAGACUUGAAUUCAUUGCUCUGUUUUAUUGUGCUGUUUAUUUCCUGCCUGGAGGAACAGGCCCAUUUAUCCUUCACUGAGUAUGAGUUGAACCAAAUGAGACAUGGGAAGUUAUUUAUAACGACUCAUACUUUAUGAUUGUUAUCACUCACAAACAUCGAAUGAGCUGCAGAGCAUUCCAUGUCAUUUAACAUCCUUAAGUACCUCUAACAUAAUUAAGGUUGAUUUUUCGAGACUUUGUUUGGAUUAUAAUUACCUCCCCGUGUGUAAUACAAUUUAUCAUGGGCAUUUACUAGAUUUGACAGUUUCAUUAAUUGCUUUAUUCACUUCUUCAAGUCGUUGUAUUGUUGGAUUAGCAUUUCAAAUUUGAUUUAUCAUUGCGCCUCCCGAGCCCUUCUAUAUUUGCCUGUGUUUGCUGUCAGUGCAUUUUGAUUGAAGGUGUUUAAAUAAAGUCUUGUGAAGACUA